AUGGGUAUGUGGACACCUGGAGGGAAUGAGAGAGAGAUGGAAGGUGCGAGACGGAAAAGGAUCCGCCAGGCGUUGGAUUCAAAACCCGGAGGUCUCGGAGCGUCUACCGACAUGGACAAUGAGACGGAGGAGAUCACGUGCUGCCUGUCAAAUCUUUUUUUUUGGACGAAAUGCCUGUCAAAUCUUAGCCAACCCCAAAACAAGGGAAAGCCAAGCGAAAAUUUUUCCAACGGAUGA